AUGGCAAUCUCAACUACAUUGACUGAGACCAUCACUUCACCUGCAGUGAGCAGUUAUAGGCCUCUGAUAUUUCAGAAGUACCUCUCCCCACUCCAGCCGACUGGGAUUCUCUCACGCUAUCAGCAGAGGGAGCUCACUCCCUUGAUAGGCACAGCCUUCGACGACAUCGACCUUGCCAAGAUUCUGCAAUCAGGAGGGCAGGAAUCCGACGCUGUUAUCCGCGACUUGGCCAUUGCUAUCUCUCAACGUGGCGUAUGCGUCUUCCCUGGGCAGAAGAACUUGACAGUUGCCGAUCAGAAAUUGCUCUGCCACCGACUGGGCCAAUUGACGACUCGUCCAUAUACUUCAGGAUUGAACAUUCACCCAUUGAACCAGACAGAACUACCGGAUGGGACGAUUGAUGCUGAGUUGACGACAUUGGCACGUGACCCCAAGAAGAAGCUUGUCCAACAAGCUGGCUUCGGCAAGAAGGAAAAGAAGCAAUCUCACUCAGAUGGCUGGCACACCGACUGUAGCUACGAGAAUGUACCCGCUGACUACACCAUACUACACAUGAAAGUAACUCCCGCAUCAGGAGGCGACACCCUGUUCGCCUCCGCAUACGAAGCCUACGAUCUGCUCUCGGCUCCCAUGGCGAAGCUGCUGGAGAGUUGCCAGGCAACUUUCAUGCCGCCCGGCCAUCGUCCCGAAAAUAUCGUCGAUCGUAUGUGGAACGGGUCACGUGGUGCUCCCGAGAACGUCGGUCCUGAGCUGCGAGCAAGCCACCCCGCCGUACGCACUAAUCCCGUGACAGGCUGGAAGAGUCUGUAUGCGAUGGGUCACCACCUCGAGGCUAUUGAAGGUCUGGGGGAUCUUGAGAACCGUAUGGUUUUGGAGCUGCUGGAGCGUUUGCUCGUCGACAACCACCAGCUGCAACUCCGCGUAAAGUGGGCGGCUGAUGACCUCGUUAUUUGGGAUAACCGGGCGGUAUAUCAUUGCGCUACCUUUGAUUACACGGCCAAGCGGGUGGGGAAUCGUAUCUGUGGGUGUGGCGAGAAGCCGUACCUCGAUCCACGCUCCUCGGGACGGCGGUACGCCUUGGGACUGAACUGA